AAAACAUUGUUUUUCUCUCCAUAGUGCAACGCUUGAAAAUGAUGGGGAUCACUGGAGUGUGCUCUAGGUUGAUUGGUGACUUGGUUCAUGCCUUUCAUGGAGUCUCAAGGUGCUCAAGCACAGAAGCCCGAAUUGAUGAAGAUUGCAAGCCACAAAGUGCAAUCAAAGUUGACGAGUCUAUGGCAAGGGCACUCAUCACUGUGUUUGGGAUGGAAACCAAUGGCAGAAUAAAGAAGGAGAAGGCCAAGAGAGUGGUGGAGAAUCUUGGGUUGAUAUGUUACGAUGAGGAAGACGAAGACAAGUCAAAGUUCGACUUGCCGGGGGAUAAUGAUCAUGAUGAAGUGCCAGUGGAAGAAGUUCUUGGUGAGUUGGGGAAUGAUGAUGGUUCUAAGAGAAAUGAAAUGCUGCUUGAAGCGUUCAAGAUUUUCGAUGAGGAUGGAGAUGGGUUUAUAGAAGCUGUGGAGUUAAAGAGGGUGUUGGAAUGUUUAGGGUUGGAUAAUGGGUGGGAUAUGGCUCAGAUUGAGAAGAUGGUGAAGGUUGUGGAUUUGAAUUUGGAUGGGAAGGUUGAUUUUAGUGAGUUUGAAUUAAUGAUGGGAUAAAAUAAAUGUCAUUGAAUCAAUUUUUACUGAAAUGUUUAUUCUUUUAUUAUCAACAAUAUGUUGUGCUAAAUGUAAAUUCCAUGGGUUCAUAAUAUAUUG